AUGGCCAGCAUCCGCGCCUACCUGAAGAAGUUGGAAUCCUUGGUCAUCCUUCUUAGCGUGUUUAAGGAUAAGGAGACAGUCAAAACGCUCGAAGCAUGUCGUGAACAGAGGUUGGCCACUGAGGAGGAGGUCAAGGAACUUGAACUUCUGAUUGAGACAACGCUGGCUGCGAUGGUGCCACUCGGAGGUGAUGAGGUAGCGGUAGACUUCGAGGAGAAUAUAGAUGUGAACAACUGGAAGAGUGGUGUAGAAGAAUACAACAGGUACAGCGAGGACGACCUUUGGGAGCACCUGGGCCUAUUGGAGAAGAAACUCCCUUUUUCCAGGUGCAAUCUGAUCCCAAUGCCAUCAUUGACCCAUGGAGCGAAGAUGAAACUGGCGCCUCGGUGGCACCAGCUGGUUAGCAUUCUGAGGAUGAUCGACAGGGCAUUGGACUGUGAACCGGGAACACUGCAGGAAGCAUGGCAAGUUCCCUGGAAAAUUUGCUCAACGCCAUCACAAAAAGACUGGCGGCAACAUUCCAGACUUGCCCAUUGUGAUCAUGUGCCCCCCAACUUGCAACAUCAGUGGAUGAGUGAAAUACAACAGUAUCUAAGGCGAGCGACAUUUGAUGUUCUUCCCUACACGGGCAAGUAUGUGACACAGGUACAGUGGUGGACGAUGGCUUGGAGUCAAUGCCAGCAACCUCCGAUACGACACAUCAUCUUGGCCACAACAAAUGCAGUUCAAGACGAUGCAGGGACAAUUGUCAUUCUUCCUAAUACCCUCUUUGGUCAUGAAGACAUCAUGAAUACCGUCCAUGAAGGUCACAUCUUAUGCAAUAUCAACACGGCCCACACUGCAGCCCGAGCACUUCAAGGGAAAUCUCAUUCAAUUGCGAUUAUGACUGCAACACCGGUCACUACAAAACCUGCGGACCUUUGGAAUAUGGGUCUGCUGCUUGGCCUCCAGACAUUCAAGGAUACAGCGCAGCUCAAGACCAUGAAUAGAGAAUUGUCAGCUGCCCAGCGAAGGGAUCGCAAUAAGAUCCUGGGCCUCCCUCCCUAUGACCACAGCCUAAAAAUCAAGCUGCUUGACUGGGAAAUGGAGAAUCUGAGGAAUAUUGCGUGUGGAUACUUGGAUGACUGUCCCAUUGUGGGGAUGAGCAAGAAUUUCUAUGUUGAGUUCAGGCGAUCCAACCUUCAUCUGCAUAUGAACUCAACUAAGGAAUGGUCGUGGACAAAACCAAAAUCAUGGGAAGAAUGGGACACCAGCCCUGACACCAAAAGUAUGAAGUUGGAACGCUUCUCAAAUACCAUCUGGAGUCUGACGGUCAUCAGCCAUUGA